UCAGGGAUUAGAGCGCGCUCCUGUCGCUUUAAAUGGAGCGCGCUCACGGCAUUUAAAGCUGACAGGUCCCUCGCGUCACUACUACACGCUUGUUGCGGGUGUGAGUCUGAGUUUACAUUCAGGGCACGGAUUAAAAACACGAACUGGUACACACUCCAAGCUGCCAAACACACACACACACGCAUUAUAAGGGAACAGGAUAAUGGCGUCUGUGAGUGUGGUGGGGCAGCACCCGGGUCCGCACAGACUGGACUCGGAACCGCUGCUCUUCAAACUGGCCAGAGGCAGAAAGAAAAUCACCCUGCCGAGGAAGUCGUCCUGGGAGAAGAUGAUUUUCAGGAGAAGCGGGGAAUGCGGGUCGUCCACAACUGGAGGGCAAUCGGGAGCUCAUCCCUUGUCUCCGGGACCAGCUGGGAAAACGACAGCGAGAGGAGGGAUGAUGCCCGGUGAAGGAUGCGGAGCUCCUGCGCCACGUAGCAUGGACCAGGACAGAGAGGAGAGCAGCACGGACUGCGACAAGCGCACCGCAGCUGGAUCUGAAGAAAGCCAAACCGGGCACAUCAACAAUGACUCAAGCCCUAACCCAGUUAGUCGGAGAGGGACUUCGCUCAAGGGCUCGAGCAUCAAUGUCAUGCCAAGCGGAGCAGUUACGAAUGGACACAAAGGAGCGCACCGAGACGCGUCACGCGGUAGACUGGACACCUGGAGCGGAGACAGCGGACGUCAGAGCAUCUCCUCCUCCGUGCCAGCAGAAGUACACGCCGGCAGUCUACCGCUGGAGCGGCUUACACAGGGAAGGACCGGAGUGGUCAAGCUGGCACGCACCGAGCCUCCCCGUCGGGAGGCCUGGUCCAUCUUCCCCCGGGGGGUGGAUCCUCGGGUGAGGACCGAGAAGGGUGAAGGACAUCUAUUCGAGUCCAAGCCCUGUACGCGCGACUGGUGUGACGCCUGUAGCCGUCAGAUCACUGCACAAGCACUCAAGUGUCAAAACUGUAGCUACACUUGUCACCUGGAGUGUGAGAGCCAGGUCCAGCUGGACUGCAACCGAAAGGACAGAGAGACUGAAGAAACUCCAUCUCCCAGAAGACACUGCUCCUCUGCAGCCACUCAGCACAAGCAGAAGGAAGUGAAGGAGGAAGAUGAGGGAGGAACCAGGGACUUAUCAGAGGAAGAGGUGUGGACAAGGAUAGAAGAGUAUAACGCUCAAGUCUCUGCAAAUGGCAUGAAACUGUCUUCAGACGGAUCCUACACAGGCUUUAUUAAGGUCCACCUGAGGCUCAGUCGACCAGUCACAGUCCCCGCUGUGGAGGCGGCAGAGUCAGAGGAAGUGUCCAGGCCGACGGUUGGCUGUACUCAGGCACCGUCAGAGGGCCAGGAAGGGACGGAUUGUGGGCAGAGCGAAAAGAGGACAUCCUUCUACCUACCAUGUGACUGUGUGAAGCAGCUCCACAUCAGCUCUCUGACCACCACCAGAGAGGUCAUCCAGGGCUUGCUGAAGAAGUUCAUGGUGUUGGACAAUCCCCGCAAGUUUGCUCUGUAUAGGCAGACACACCGCGAUGGACAGGAUCUGUUCCAGAAGCUUCCUCUGAGUGAGCGUCCUCUUCUUCUUAGGUUGAUAGCCGGGCCUGACCCAGAGCAGCUCAGCUUUGUCCUUAAGGAAAAUGAGACUGGAGAGGUGGAGUGGCAUGCGUUCUCGGUCCCUGAGUUACAAAACUUCCUGGUAAUCCUGGGGAAAGAGGAGGCGGAGCGUGUCCGGGCAGUGGCGCAAAAAUACGCUGUGUACCGACAGAAACUACAAAAGGCCCUUCGACAACAUGACCCCUAACCUCUUUUCGUUACCUUACUACCUUAACCCAGGGAGAGACUGACCCUUUGAACGCCGACCCGCUCAAGACCUGUGAUCUAUUCAGAGACUGGAGCCAGAGCUGAGCUUGUCUCCACCCUCGACACACAUAAACACAUAAACACCCAAACAUACAGUACAUCUAUACAGAUGCAUACCCUUUCUCAGGACGCAUACAAGCCCCACCCACACAUCCACUCCCUGAGGAGAGAAUAAGGGUUGAAAGCAACGUGAAAGGCUACAGGGUGUGUGGUCUGAUUGGGCAAGCAGUAUUGCCAAGGACACACACAGAAAGAUCACAGCAACACAAUUCGGGACUGAUAUGAAUCAUUAGUGUUUUUAAAGAUUUCCUUUUCUUCUGCUGCUGCUACUGCAAGUGUUACUUAUGCAUGAGCCUCUCUCAGAUCAGCCCCGUGCACAUAUAGAGCUAGAAGUAAAACAGAAGGUUUCUUUUGGAUGGAAGGACCAUCAUACUGAGUGUUCUUUUUAAUUAUUUUUCUUGGAAUUGAUGUUUAGGGUUAUCACCUGAUGUAUUAUAUCUCAAUAAGAUGUGUGGAUUUGAGAGGGAGGUGUUUGGUCAUGUCUUGAGGCAGAAGGCUGCAUUUUGCUUUGAAUGUUAGUGCAAGAAAGAAUGGUAAGAUAAGAAAGUGAGAUCUAUUCUCUGAUUUUUCUCAGGGAGCAUGCGUUGAGCAAAGAGAAAACCUAAAGGAGGCAAGAAACUGAAUACAACACCCUAUUUCAGCCAACUUUGUCCGAAAUCCCUGCCUUUUUUAUUUGUUGCUAUCAUUUUAUUUUCCUACUUUAAUGCCAUGUGAAAAGACACUUUCAGGUGCUUCGCUGAAAGACCCAGUUACCAACACUCUCACCACACACAAACCUGUGGGGAUUUCAUUUUACCUCCCUAAAUCCCCAUACAACCAACUUUGCAUGGACUGCUGAGCAAGGCAAUCCGAAUAUUUUAACAGAUUUUACACUUUAUUGUAAAAGUGAUUUUACACUGUUAUUAUAUGGGUUGCAUUCGAAUGUGAGGAUUUCUUUUACCAAAGUUGAGAAGGACCGAUUCAUUGAAAGGAUUUCAAAGGGAUAGCAGACAUUUAGAAUCUAAUUAAAGGUGGUAUGUAAAAUAUAAAUAAACCAGCUUCUGUUUUUGCACAUGUAGAUGCAGGUCACUGAAUAGCCCACAUCUCUGUGGGUGGGCAUGCAUUUCUGCUUCUCUUUUCUUUAAAAAAAAAAAAAAGUACAUACAAUUCAUGAUAAUGGCUAUGAUGUACCAAUGACGUGUUUGCAAUGCAUAUGUAUUAUGUAGACACUGGAAAAAUAGUGACACGGUUUAACUUUGUUAACAAUAAUUAUUAAUGUUUUGGUAUCACUCCUACCGGUUUGUGUGUGUGUGUGUGUGUGUGUGUGUGCGUGCGCGCGCCCAUCCAGGACAAGGAGAAUAGAGAAUAAUGUGAAUUGUGUUUUAUAAUGAGCAUCUGUGUGUUAUCAGCGCUUGCUCGUUGGGCCUCACUUAUCAAGUAUUAAAACAUGCAUUGAGUACACAUGUAAUAGCACACAUCACAACUGCAAAUUAAGUUGUUUUGGAAAAGAUAUGACAUCCAUGUAUCAUAAAAUGAGUGAAUUGAACCUAAUAAUUUACUGUAACCUUUUCCCACACAUUAUUAAUCUUCUAGUCAGAAAUACUGAAAAAUGAGGCCCGUUGUCCAUCAGCACAUGCUUCUCUGUUGAUUCUUUUUUUUAAAGCCACCACCCAAAGCCCAAGCUGUUCCUGCUGGCAGUGCCUUUUGUUUCAUGUGCCCCUGUGGAUCUAUGUAAGGUGUGUUUCAGCACACAGGUGCCUGAGUGUAUUGUGGGUGCUUUUGCAUGUGUGCAAAUCUGUGUUUCUUGGGUGGUGUUGCAUAUGUCAUUUUUCUUUCUUUCCACAACCCUUCAUACAUGUGUCUUUCCAACUAACCCUCUGUGUGUGUGUGUGUGUGUGUGUGUGUGUGUGUGUGUGUAUGUGUGUGUGUGUGUGUGGUGCGUGUUAUUUAUUUCAUGGGCCACUUCAUUCCUAGGAUAUUAUCUCAAGGAUGAUGAGACUUAAUGCUUAAUUCUGCAAUUUAUUUUGUUUAAUUUGAAGAAGUGUGUGUAUAAAUAUAGCAGUAGAACUGUACAGAAUAUCAUAAUUAAAUAAAAAGGUCAUCCCUUUAUUGAAAUGUU